AUGGCCUCCAGCGGUCACUACGGCGAUCCGGACGCGCAGAUGGGCGGCGGGUCCGGUCUGUACGUGAAUCAGAACGGCGGCACGCCGCCCGCGCAACAGCAUCAACAGCACAUGUCCACCGACCCCGACCUGCAAUUGCGCGAGAACCUGCAGCAGCAGCUGCAUCAGAGCACCGAGAUGAUGCACCCAGGCCCGUCGCAGGGCCACCCGAUGGGCGCGUUGGGACCGCAUCACCAGUUCCACACUCCCCCGCGGCCGGCGCACUCGCCCCAGCAGAUGGCCCAGUCGGUCAUGAGCUUGGAGGGACACCACGCGUAUGGCGACCCUGAUAGCGCGAGCCGAAAGCGCUCCAAGGUCUCGCGCGCCUGCGACGAGUGCCGGCGCAAGAAGAUUCGAUGCGACGCGACGAGCGAGAACGGGCCAGAGGCUUGUUCAAGCUGCAAGCGGACGGGUGCGCGUUGUCAGUUCAGCAGACAGCCGAUGAAGCGUGGGCCAAGCAAAGGAUAUAUCAAAGAGCUGGCCGACCGUCUGAACUCGCUAGAGAGUCAGAUCCAGCAUCCCCAUACUUCAUCGCAGGGCUACGAUUUGGGGGUUAGCGACCCGAGCCUGGGUGACGCUCAGACGCCCCAGUUCACCCGAAAGCGCACCCAUUCUAUGUCUGAGGGAUUUCAAGAUGCGUACAUGCGGCCGAACUGGUCUGGCCAAGACCGCGGUACAUACGAUACCUGCGACUCGCGUAUGCUCAAUUCGCUGACUAGUCAAGAACACCCAGUCAACGGCGCUAGUUCAGUGGCCAACCGACGUGUCUCCUUCGGGGAGAUGAUACUUGCCGGUAACCUCAUUACUGGAUCAAAUGAAGCAACUAUCAAGGCGUAUUACAACAUCAUACAUCCAACAUUACCCCUUUUGCCUCAGGACUCAUCCUCUCUGAAUCGACUAUCACACUGUCCUGCAAAGCUGCGAGAAGGUUUCUUCCUAUCGCUGGAGUGCAGUGUACGCUCCUUUGCUUCUCGGGCGCUUCCGCCAACCGAGCUGAGCGUGAACCAAUUGCUGCUUCAAUGCUUCGACACCGUGGAUGCCGCAAAGCAUAUUUUGAGUGACGCGGACAGCGCCCGUCAAUUCUAUAAUAGCCUGGUGUAUUGUCAAUCGCUGGCAUUCUUGACAAUCGCGUCCGACAGACCCGGCCCAAACACUAUAGGCAACCCAGCUGAGCUGCUCGGCCGGCUUGCUGGCUGUAUAACCGACAUGGGUCUGAACGACUCCAAAGUCGUCACGGCUCUACGGGAACAGGACCACGAGCUGUAUGAGGCUGCUCGCCGAACAUUUUGGGUUGCUUUCAUAUUGGAUCGAUUUCAUGCCUCCAGCAGAUCGAAAGAUAUCAUAAUGCCGCUGCAUUCUGGAUCAGUCUCGCGCGAUGAUUACGAUGCGCUCGGCGAAGUGGGCUACCAUCUGACGCGUGCCGCAGACAUCGUCGGACAAGUAGCAUACAUUACGCGCGCAGGUAAUGUACCGAGUAUGGACCCAUCAUCGCCUUAUGCUUUCGCGACGUUGACUGCUACCUCACCUUCAUCUCUAUACCUCCAUGGACAACUCACUCGCUUCCGAGAGUCUCUUGAGAUCACCAACCUGUCCAGCAACUCUCCGCCCCACCUCGCUUAUCAGUAUCUUCGCAUCUUUGUCGCUCGACUUUCGGAGUAUGGUGCGUCGAACGACAUUCUCAGCCUGACGAAGGACCUACUUGGCAAUCUCACGGCUGGACCAAUUACGCCUCUACAUCACAUAUUUGCCAGCCUCGUUGCAACAUCCCUGACCGACCUCUCUGAUCGCGUAGAGACGCAAGUCGAAGCGCAUGCCAGCAUCAAGGAGAUGAAUGACGCCCUCGCAAACGGGCACGUCAUCCACAGGAGCACGGACGCCCUUGGCUGGGAUGCCGCCAUUCGAGACCUGCUACGUCAGAAGAAAGCCCCAACGCCGGCUCCCGAGCAGACCAGUCCCGCCGUUCGGCCGAACAUGGCUGGCCUUCAGCACCUCGCCGCCGCAGCAGUUGGGGAACGAGAGGGGGCCGAUGCCAGACCCGCUAGCAGCGGAGGUCCCGGCGCAACCACUUCAAACCCACCAAAAGUCGAACAUGAUCUUCAAGCUGCCGUCGCCGCCGCGAACGAAGCCGCCAAAGCUCAAGCCACAGCCGCUGCUGCGCAGCAGCAGAUGCAGAGCACGUCCACAAAUGGAAACAACUACGACUCCAGUGCGUUAGUAAAAGAUGGAUUUAUGUCUGCUUUGACGUAG